AUGGCCGAGAACGAGAAACCUUCGGUGUUAAUCAUCGGAGGGUUGGGCUAUAUUGGCCGCUUCCUCGCCCUCCACAUCCACCAGAACAAUCUCGCCUCUGAGGUGCGACUCGUCGAUAAAGUGCUGCCACAACUCGCUUGGCUGGCCCCCGAGUUCACCGAGGCCUGUUCUCAGGACAAAUUUAUGCAGGCCGAUGCCAGCAGACCUGAAGCUUUAGCAAGAAUAUUCGAUCGCGCCGACGGAAAGGAGUGGGACUAUGUUUUCAACUGUGGCGGUGAGACGAGAUACUCGCAGGAAGAUGAAGUCUACAAGCUGCGAUCCUUGAACCUGUCCAUUGCCGUGGGCAAUGAGGCCGCGAAACGAAAGGUCAAGGCCUUUGUCGAACUCAGCACGGGCAUGGUGUACAAGUCGGAUUCCUCACCGAGCAAGGAAGGGGACAAGUUGAAGCCAUGGAGCAGGAUCGCAGUCUUCAAGCUGCAGGCUGAGGAAGAACUGGCCAAGAUUGAAGGGCUGAACCUCGUCAUUGUGCGACUGCCGCACGUCUACGGCCCGUACGCUUCUCAGUGGGUUGCGACAGCUUUGACCAUGGCGCGCACCUAUCAGCACCUAGAGGCAGAGAUGAAGUGGCUAUGGACCAAGGAUCUUCGAACUAACACGGCGCAUAUCGACGACGUUACACGCGCUCUGUGGGGUACUGCCGCCUGGUACGACGCUGGCAAGGCUGGAUGGGACGAGGGCAGCAUGGGCAAGAACCCCAUCUUCAACGUGGUGGACAAGGGCAUGACCAGCCAAGGUACUGUCGCCGUCAUAAUCGGCGAACUUUUCAAAAUCGAGACGGGAUUCCAAGGCCAGCUCAUCAGCACCUUUGCCCGCUUGAAUCUGGAUAGCGUUGUGGACGAUGUCAACGACGAGCUGCUGGGCCCGUGGGCGGACCUUCUUGCCGAAGCCGGUAUCACGCGACCCGGUCCCUUGACGCCGUUUAUGGAGAAGGAACUUCUCAAGGACACAGAUCUCAGCAUGGACGGAAGCCGGCUAGAGAAGCUGCUGGGGUUUGAGUACACGAAACCCGCCCUGACCAAGGAGAUGGUGGAGGAGGUGAUUGAGAGUUACAAGAAGAUGAACUGGUGGCCUUGA